AGAGAGUGAGAGAGAGAGACACACAAACAGACGGCUGUCUUUCGACUCACAUCCCUCAUCCCAUACUCGAAAGCUCUCUCCAGCCUCCCUCCCUCCCGCUCCCCCCCUUGUCACGAGACGCCGAUCCCCAGACGACAGGGCGCUACCCCGCAGUCUUGUGUGUGGGUGUGUUUGUGGGUGUGCUGCGGUUAUUAUUCUGUGUGCGUGCGCGUCGUGUGUUGUGGGUGUGGACUUGUUCGUCUCGAAGCACAGUUCCUUGGCUGCCCAGCGCUGCCCUUCCUUGUCUGAGAACCUAGCAGCAUUCAUCCUUAUUAUUAUUCAUGUCCCUCCAGGUCGAGGGUCAUCGGCGUGGCCGGUCUCGGUCCCCAGGUGGCCGUGAUCGUGACCGCAGCCGGAGCCGUGGCGUGCCUGUUGUCGUCGACGUCGACCCUGCAUAUGACAACGGCAGGGACAGGGACAGGUCCUACGACUAUGGAGACCGGCACUCGUCGUCAUACAGGACACCUGCCUCGCCUGACGAUGACUAUUACCACCGUCCCAGGAGCCCAGCCGUGGAGAACGGCGCACGCUCUUCUUAUGGAGAUUUGAGAGACUACAGGCGCGAUAGCCCGCGGGAGAGGCACUCCGACUCGGACAGAGAAAGGGAGCGAGAGAGAGACAACGCAAGGACGGGCCUGGGCCUGGCAGACGCCUUCCUACCCCAAAAGUACGCCAAGAAGCUUGAGAACUCAGACACGUACAAUCUCAUGACUGCCCCCCUCUCCGACCGGUCGCGCGAGAGGUCACGCGACCGCCGCGCUGAGAAGAAGGAGAAGCUCGAGGAGGACCUCGCCUACGGCAAGAUCCCGCCGCCGCCGCCCACCUCGCCGCCCUAUGACCGUGACGACCACGCCCACACCCAUGAGCAGCAGCGUAAGCACAGAGACUCGUAUCUCGCCGAUCCCAGGCGCAGUGCCGACCUUCUCAGCGCAGGGGAUGGCCGCUCUGGUGGCCGGGGUAGGAGCAGGAGCAGGAGCACCGGCGCCAGGGACCACUCCACGGACGGGCGUGACAACAACAGCAGCAGCAGGAAGCACCAUCACGCCCAUCGCGACUCGCUGACUGCCGAUCCCACGGGCGACGCGGCGCCCCGCAAGAGCGCCAUGAAGCGCAACUCGUCGCCUCAGCCGCCCGUGGCCAAGAUGUCGUCGCUCUCCGUCAACACCGCCUUCAACGCCAGCAGCCUCUCCGCCGCACCGCCGUCUCCCCUCCUGGAGUCGUACCACGGAACCUACCAGUCCAUGUCGCCCAUGCCCUCGCCCUUGCUCCUGCCUACGCACCACCACGGCGGCGGCGGCGGCGGCGGCGUACCCCACAUCGCAGACGUCUCGCCUCUCAACUCGGACGACGAGGCCGGCGGCAAGAAGCGCAGCCGGCGGGCGCGAUUCGCCGACCCGGAGGAUGACGCCCAGAGGCUCGCCGACGCGCUCAAGGGGAGCAAGGCGCCACGCACUGAGCCGCUGGUCGAGAUCCUGCCGGGCCUGACGCACGACCAGAUCAUGGACCUGCGGGCCGAGUACAAGCGGCUCGUCAAGACGGGCCCCGAGAAGAAGGGCGUCAACAUCGCCAAGCACAUCCGCGUGCGGCUCAAGGACGAGGACCCUUCCCUCAUGAAGGCCUGCUACGCCACCGCCCUCGGCAGGUGGGAGAGCGAGGCCUACUGGUCCAGCUUCUGGUACCAGGGCGACAAGACCCGUCGUGAGCUGCUGAUCGAGAGCCUGAUGGGCCGCACCAACGAAGAGAUCCACGAGAUCCGCCAGGCCUUUAGCGACAAGACCUACGACAACAGCCUGACGCGUUGCAUGAGGCACGAGCUCAAGGAGGACAAGUUCAAGAAGGCCGUGCUGCUGGUCCUCGAGGAGGACCGCAUGGACGAUCUCGACAAGUACGGCCGCCCCCUGCCCAUCGACCAGUACCUCGUCGAGGACGACGCCGACGACCUGCGCAGCGCUGUCAAGGCAGAGAAGGGUGGCGAGUCCGCCAUGAUCAACAUUGUCGUCAAGAGGAGCGAUAGCCACCUGAGGGAGGUCCUGCGGGUCUAUAACGACAAGUACAGGUCCAACUUUGCGAGAGAUGCCCUGCGAAAGAGUGGAAACCUGGUGGGCGAACUGCUAGCACACAUCCUCAACGGGGUCAUCAACAAGCCCGUCCGCGAUGCACUGCUUGUCCACCACGCACUCACGGCCUCCAAGAAGGACGCCCUCCGUCGCGAGCUGCUGACCUCGCGCCUGGUGCGCUACCACUGGGAUGGGACACACAUGACCGCCGUGAAGAGGGCCUACCAGGAGAGAUACGGCAAGGACAUGAUGGAGGCCGUAGAGGAUGGCACGUCAGGCGAGUGGGGCCAGUUCUGCCGUGAGCUUUGCAUCACACGCAUGCCAGACAAGGUAGCCAAGUUUCAUGUGUCCAGGUGAAGAGAUGAGACCUUGUUUGUAGUUUGCUAAGGAAAUAGUAGCCCGGAUUUGGGGCGCGAACGAGGGCAUAAUGAUACGAUAUGAGUGAUACGUUUGGUUGAUGAUGGGGAAUGGGGAUAUGGUAAAUUAUUCUUGUCAGAUGAGAGACGACGGUAUGAAAGGGCAAAGGGCUCGUACUAGCUGCUUAGGACCUAGAUAAGGGACAUGCAAAGGCAGGUAGAUGACUGAGAAUGGCUCUGGGGAUUUUUGACUGCUCUACUGGAGGCCAUCUAUGCAUGCCUGCAUGCAUGGAUGUCAUAAUCCCCACAACUUCUGCAUUUGACUAGGAAUAGAUGUCUUGAAAUUAAUUACCAUGAAAGCG